UCCAAGAUGGCGUCAAAAUCGCUGUUUGUCGAUUUCAAUUUUGUUUGCGUCUGAAACACAUAAAAUAACAAUAUUUUCUUUAAAUAUUUAGUAUAUGUAGUGAUGCCUUAUUGCUCCACUAUAACUUGAGUAUACAACAAUGUCCGAUUCAGACACAGAGUUUGAGAAAGCUCUGACAGAGCUGAAAACUUUGCAGUCAAUGAUUGACUAUAUUGAACAGCAUCUCAAAGGACUUCGAACACAGUGUGCUCCAAAUGACGAAUUCACGCAAAAAGAAAUACGUUUGACAGAGGGGAAACUGGUGUUAUAUGUCAGCAAACAGAUUAUCAUCAAGAGCAAGAUAACCUCUGAUGCCUUACAUGAUGAACUAGUUGACUACCCUAAUACACAACAAUGGCUCUCAUGUGUUGGUUUGCCAGAAAACACUAUCAAGGGUUUGAUGAAAGAAGAAGAAAAUCUGAGUCUGUAUUCAUUGUUAGAACUGUCAGAGACUGACAUAAAAACCAAACUUCUGAAGCAUAAUGCCAGUGCUGAGGAUGCUAGACGGUUAAACCUCUCUCUACGUAACCUAAAUAUAGCCACACAGCGUGAGUCGUCUGGUAGUAACAGUACCUCGGGUGACAGUGAUGUUGAUCUGCACUGGACAAACCCAGAGUCCACAUCGUCCUAUGAUUACCUAGCACGUAGAAGUCCACGACCUUCGACAUCGUCGCUGUCAUCGUCAGAUAAUUCUACGACAAUGAGUGCCCCUGCUCAGACACACAGUACUCCUCCGUCACCAGUGCCUCAUGCACAUAAUGCACACAAUGAGAGACUACGAUCAGUAGGGUAUACUCCCCCACCGACACCGCCUUCAGUACGCACACCAAAGACGAGGUAUCCAAUUACCCCACCACCUCAUAAGAAGAUGCUGUUAUUCCCGGAGUAUCCUACAAUCAGCAGGAGCAAGUCACAGGAGUCACAGUUAGCACAUAAAGUACAGGAUAUAGACCCUGUCAGGUCUGGUAAGAAGAAACACAUUAAGGAUCUAAAUUUAGGCAGUAAUUACUUUACUUCAACUACCAAUCAUUCCCCACCUUAUGUACAAGGCCAGUUAGGAGAUGGAUCAUUAAUGGUGCCAAGUAUGAUUGGUCCUCAUGUGAUGAAACAUCAAAUUAACCACAAAUUAAUUACCAAGUUAUUGUUUGGUAGCACCUGUGAUGUAUGUGGUAAAACUAUAUUUAGAGGAAAACAAUGUAAAUAUUGCAAAUUUAAGUGUCAUAAAGAUUGUGUACAUAGAGAAGCUCCAAGCUGCGGUCUUUCAGAAGAAAUGGUCAACUUGGCCAAUAAAACAUACUUUGAAGGUGCCUCAAAUCCGAGAAGAACGCCCGAGUUACCACAUCACGGAAAGCAUGUGUUGCCAGCAUUUCCAGUGCCGGACUCGAGCUCCGCUUCAUCAUCCAACUCAUCAACACAUUCCUCACCGAUCCCACACGGCAUGUCGUCGGGAACGUACACCUCACCUUCACCAUAUCCAUCACCUCAUGUACACAAUAUACACUCAUUCCAAUUUCCAGAUACGUUAUUAUCCGAGAGUAAUACAGAUGUAACACAAACAGAGCCAGUCUUCUCUACGGACUGGGAUAAAGAUGUAGAUGUGGUAAGCACAAAUACAUCCAAUGACAGCGAUAAAACUAUUGUUGAUAGUAAUACAUCUGAAGUGACCCUGCUGGACAGGGUAGAUUCUGUAGAUAGCCAGGAUGAUCCCUUAGGUCAACAUACCUGGAAAAGAGUUUAUAGUCUUUCAGUAGCUUUAAAGGAGUGGGACAUUCCAUAUGAAGAAUUGAUACAAGAUGAUCCUAUAGGUACAGGACGAUUUGGUACUGUAUACAAGGGUCAGUGGCAUGGAGAUGUGGCCAUCAAGAUGUUAAACAUGGAUCCAGAUACUGAUAAUGCUGCACAGCUGUCUGCUUUCAAAUUAGAGGUUGCAAUGUUGAGAAAAACACGUCAUGAGAAUUUAGUGUUGUUCAUGGGUGCUUGUAUGAAACCUCCACAUCUUGCUAUAGUAACUAGUUUAUGUCGAGGCAGCUCAUUGUACACAUUAUUACAUGUUAGAAAAGAGAAGUUUCCUAUGAGUAAAAGUAUAAUUAUAGCACAGCAGGUGUCUCAGGGUAUGGGAUACUUGCAUGCUAAAGGUAUUGUGCAUAAAGACUUGAAGACAAAGAAUAUUUUCUUUGACAAGGAUAAAGUAGUGAUCACAGAUUUUGGUUUGUUUAAUGUUACCAAACUCUGUCAUGCCAACAGGCAUUCAGAUAGGUUACAGAUCCCACCAGGUUGGUUGUGUUAUCUCUCACCAGAGAUUAUUAAGUCCCUGCAGGCGGGGGCUGCUUACGCUAACACAGAACUUCCUUUCUCAGAAAUGUCAGAUGUUUAUGCAUUCGGCACUGUAUGGUACGAGUUAUUAAAUGGCAACUGGCCGUUUGAUCGCCAACCUCCAGAGAGUAUCAUAUGGCAGGUUGGUCAUGGGCUUAAACCCUCAUUUGGCAGUAUUAAAGGAUCCAAAGAAGUUAAGGACAUGUUACUGGCAUGUUGGUAUUUCAAUCCAGAUGACAGACCAAGUUUUAGUCAGCUGCUGAAGAUCAUGGAACGGUUACCUCGGAAACCAUUCACCAGAAGUCCAUCACACCCGAUACACCUUCUUUCACGUAGUGCUGACUCCUUGCAUACGUCCUGAUAGUUAUUACACAGGCCAAGGAUUAGCCAAAUAUUUCAUUGUUUAUAUAUGCUAAAGUUAAACAUUCAAAAUUUGUUAAAGGUUGUUUUAGUAGCCAACGUCAGUUUUCCAUCUUUUAAAGACUUUUUUCGUUGACAAAUAAUGUUACAUAAUAGGCAGAUUUGUACAAGUUAUUAUAUAAAUUGACUCAAAGUCAGGUUUCAACGCAUUUCCUUCAGCUGCAGUCUGAAUAUUUCUUAUACAGUGUAUUUCAUUUGAUGGUAGAGCCCUGUGUUCGGGUGAGGGGAUGGGUGGGGUGGGGGAAGUGUUUUAAGUCUAGCCAAACUCCACAGUUAUCUCUAUGUUUUAUAUGGAUAUAUUGGGAGUCAAACUUUAAUCAUGUGUUCCAUGUUCCAAAAACACUUCAUAGGCUUAACCUGCUGAAUGUAUUAAAUACGUUCACCCAGCUUUUCAAUUUUGAAUAGUCAGUUUAAGGGAUUUUAGUUUCAGGGAUUUCUAUAUCAAAAUAACAAGAUUGGAGCUACUAACAGUAUAAUGCCUAGUAACUCUGUACAGAUGUGCAGGCUAGCAUUGCUGUAUAUAGUGAGGGCAAAGAUUAAUCAGUUAAGAUUCCAGCAAGUUAAGGGCUAAACCAGAAAUGGUUUCUGGUCAAUUAAAACAGUUAUCAGAUUUCUACAGCCAGUAUGACAUACACAGGGUUCAGAAGCAUUGUUUCUUUGUGCAGAGAUUUAUUUGUUUGUCAGUCCAUUACUUAACUCUAUUGUUACACCUUUACAGGGAUUAAUCCAAAUUUCAA